CUGGCUAGACCAAAAGGGUCCACGAUUUUGGUGUGCAUAAUGUUCGAUUCGGCAAUGGUAUAGCUUUCUACGUCCGUCUCUAAAGUGGAGGCGCUCGGAAGAAGCAGGUGCAUCAGUAAAAGCCACCAAUGCUUGUGGCACGGAGCUGUAGGCACCCAGCUGGCGAAUACGAAAAGGCCAUUGUUUUUCUGCGUCUUUUUUUUUUGUCUCACUAAUUGAUGCCAUGCCAAGGCUGUUCAGCAUACAUCGUUUGACGAAGGCUGUUUCUCGCUGACCCCGGGAUAAUAUAUGUGAUGAUGCAGCUACAGCACUGUAAGGUCAACCGCUCACCAGACCCCACCCACCUUACAGGCCCUGGCCUAUCAGGGAACUGGCCUCCGCACAGCAACCCAUUCCACCCCGCCCCCUGCAUGAGGGACAAGGCCACCCAGACCCCCAGGGCCUGGGCAGAUGAGCGCAGGAGAGGCUCCCACAAGCGCUCUGCCUCCUGUGGGAGCACAGACCAGCUGAAAGAGAUUGCUAAAUUGCGUCAGCAGCUUCAGCGGAGUAAGCGUAGCAGUCGUCAUCGCCGAGACAAGGACCGCAAGUCACCCUUCAAUGGCAACCAUGCUGCAAUCAUCGGGUCACAGGCCCAGAUGCCGAAGACCAUCCUGGUGCCAAUCCCCAUCUCCAAGUCCACCACGCCUCGCUUCAGGAACAGUGUGGAGGGCCUCAACCAAGAGAUCGAGCGCAUCAUCAUCAGAGACACCAGCGAACGGGACGAGGUCAUUGUUCCUCAGGAUGUGCCCGACGGGCACCGUGCCCCGCCCCCCCUCCCCCAGCGCAGCAGCAGCACCCGCAGCAUUGACACGCAGACGCCGUCCGGCGGAGGCCUGGGUCCCGGCGGCAACCAGAGCAACAGCAGCAGCCGCUCGGAUUCGGUGUCGCCGUCGUACCUGAGCAUCCUGAACGACAGCAGCCCACUGCCCGACGACGACACGCUGAGCGAGAGCAAGGAAAAAGAGCUGGGCCCCAUCUCCCCCUUGCCCAAGUACGCCUCGUCCCCCAAGCCCAACAACAGCUACAUGUUCAAGCGGGAGCCGCCCGAGGGCUGCGAGAAAGUCAAGGCCUUCGAGGAGUCCCAGCCCAGGCCUCUUCAGGAGAUCCCGUCUUAUCUCUGUCCAGACCGGAACAAGGUGAACUUCAUCCCCAAAAGUGGCUCCGCGUUCUGCCUGGUGAGCAUCCUCAAACCGUUGCUUCCGACCCCAGAGCGAGGCUUCCGUGGCGGGGUGGGCCUCCACAGCCUCUCCCCGUCUCUGGUCCCCCUGAGUGGAGUGGGCGUACGCAGCCUGUCCCCUGCCCUGGGCCUCUCCCGGUGCCCAGGCUCCCUGCACCAGCCCCACUGUCUGCCCAGACACCCGGAGGAGCCAGAAGGCAGCGUUUACCCUGACUGCCAGUUCUGAAGACCUGGCGCUUCACCGCGAACUUUUUCAGUUGCCGAGGAAACCACAUCAUCUAAAGACGGUCUCAGGCGGGGACCUAUUUCGUAGCAAAAUGAUGGAGGGAGCAGGAGAUGCUGAAAGCGCUGACAUGAAUCAACAAAAUGUGCCUGACACCCUGUCUGCAUCCUCUCUGUCUCCUGCAUUCCUCUCCCCCUCUCUCUCUCUCUCCAUCUCCCUCUCUCUCCAUCUCCCUCUCUCUC